AUGCAUCGAUUUCGAAGAGCAUGCACCUGGAAGCAAUUGGUAAAUCAAAACCAAUUUGUGGUGACAUUAGCUGUCAACCGGGGGGUCAUUUUACCCAAUAUCCACUCAAUAAACAAACCGGACAGGCAGUAUUCGACAGCACAAAAUAUCCCUUGCGAGAUCCCAGCUAGCCAACUAGAAUCCAAAACACAUCCACUAGGAUGGGAGCACAUUCAGGCUCAAGUUGAACCAUAUUUUGGUGACAAUUGGAGCUUUGCCAGCGAAAAGGAGAAAAAGGGGUUCCUUGAUCUUGGUUUAUCCCGUGCCUUCAGUCACUUCUUCCCAUUGACGCUAGAUGAUCGCAUUGAUGUGACAUGCAAAAUGCUUUACUUGUCUUUACUCGUUGAUGACCAACUCGAAAAAAUGAGCUUUACACAAAUGCUGUCAUAUCGGGACCAGGUCAUGAAAGUUGCCCUUGGAACAGCGAGUCUCGACAGAAGUAUCUGCCUGGAGUGGAUGCUUCACGAUACCAUCAUGGCCAUGCGAAGUAUAGACGAGCUUCUAGCAAAUGAUGUUGCCCAAGGAUUUUGUCAACUUCUGCAGGCCCAGACAUCCCAGGAAAGAACCACAAUAAAAACUCUCGGAUCAUACCUCAAGCUCAGGGAGACAGAUGUGGGUAGACCACUGUACUCAGCUCUUAUUAGAUUCGGUGCCAAGCUCUGUCUCACUACGCCUGAACUUAAAAAGACCGCGGCUUUGGAGAGCACCGCAUUUCGGUAUUUCAGCGUCGUGAACGAUAUAUAUAGCUGGGAACGGGAAUGGAAAGUAUACCAGGCGAACCCAACCGAUGGUGCCCAGCCAUUCUCUGCCAUUUACAUUUUUGCCAAUGAGACAGGACUAUCAUACACAGCUUGCAAGCGGUUGAUGUAUAGCUACUGUCGCGAGUUGGAGCUCGCUCACAAGCAAUCUAUGGCAGAAAUUCGCUCGGAAAAUUUGAGGCCUGAACUGGAAUUGUACAUCAAAGGUCUAGAAUAUUUCAUGUCCGGCAUUGAGCUAUGGAGUCAAUGGACUCCACGAUAUCGACAAUGA